CAAGUGUACUGGUGUUGAACAGCUGUGGAAUAACCUGUGCAGGAGACGAAAAAGAAAUUGCUGCCUUCUGUGCUCAUGUGUCGGAACUAGAUCUUUCUGACAACAAACUGGAAGACUGGCACGAGAUCCCUCAGUGGUUCUACUGCUGAACCUCUGGUGAGGUUUCUCAUCUGCAUGGGUGACAGGUCAGACCACAUCUUCCCUUCAGUCAUUUCAUCUCCUAUGUUCACAGCCUAAUUCCCCUGAAUUUGUUUCUUUGGGAAUUAAAAUUUCACAAAGGUUUUGUGCUUUAACCUAAACUUUGACCAGGUAUCUAAGCUUUUGCUAACUGGUGGAAACAGUUAAAUAGUGAUGUAGUUGCUACCUCAGAAGAAUGAUUUAUGUCAAUAGGAAUUAGAACACAGAGUUUACACUGGGCAAUUUAGCCUUUUCCCUGCUUAGACAAAGGUCUGCACUGAAUAUUUCCAGCCCACAUUGACAGAUACAGCCAGAGUCACUUGUUUAUUUUCACUCUAUUUGUGCUCAGUUUGUAUAUGCCUAUAAAUACUCUACAGUCUGUUUUCAGGCAGUUUUCAAAUGAACAUUUGUUGCUGCUACCCUCCAGGUUUUCAUUUUUCAGUUUAUUUUUGUUUCUAUCAUUCCUUUAUAUUUUGCCCUUUGCCUUAACCUUAGUUGAUCCCAAUCUUCCAGAGUAUGUAUCAGAACACUAAGAGAUGGGAGAAAUACUGAGAGUGAAAAAAUAUUGAUUUUUAGGAUUGAUUAAACUCUUUGCCAAGCUGAAAAGUGCCUCACAGGUCGCAGUUUUAAGACAUUACAUUUCAACCCAUUCCAACCCAUGUAUUUGAUUACCAAAAAGAUCAUUUGUCCCUGGCCAUUAACUAAGUUUAUUUCAGCCAGUGUUUGAUACAGCAGUGUGGAAUAAAAUACUAUAGUUUGUUCUUUCUAGUGUUUUUGAAUGAUCACUGAUGGUAAGAGUAACUUCUUUUGUAGUUUAAACCUCUGGCUGCUAUAUGUAGAAACUAAUAUAAAUAUGAGUGAGCCGUGUAAUACUUUGAGAGGAGGUAAAAAUUUGUCUGCAUCCUUCUAAAAUUGGGCGUCUAUGUGUAAGAAAAAAAAAAAGAUGCACUUUAAAAAAAUUUUUUUUUUAGCUUUUGACUUGAAUUUUUUGGCUAGGUAGAUUUUUGUCUGACCUUUCCCAAGGUAUCUCUUUUUUCCUCCUUUCCUUAUCAAAGCCAUUUUAUAAAAGAAAUUAAACUAAGCACUUGAGAGGAGGGAGGAAUUUGCCACUGUGGUAAGGUACAGAAUAGCUGGGGUAUAAAUUACAGAUUGUUAUCUUCUGUCCCUUUCCCCAUUUUUCUUAAAACUUUAGUUUCUUCCUUUUUAAAAGUCGGAGUAGAGGGUCCCCUGUUAAAUCAUGGAGUUGUGUGGAGACCUGGGAGGUGAUCUGAGUUCAUCUCCAUGUUUCUAUACAUGCGUGUCCUCAACUCACCCCAGCUAGAGGCGUCUUUUUUUUUUAUUUUUUAAAUUAAAAAAAGAGGAGAAGUCAGUAUUUUGCCCUAGACACUCACUGAAUGUCAGCCGUUAUUUAUAAGGCACUUUUUGUCAUAAAUAAAUUUACCUGUGUAAUGAAUAGAACAUUUUCCAGAAGCUUAUUGUUAAUUUCAGGUUACCCCCAAAUCUUUUUUAAUUUUAACCUUUUAAAGAAAAUAUUUUUUGUAACAGAUUGUUUUUCUUGCUUGCAUCAUUAAACUAUUGUCCAAUUUUAUCUCUUUUAGGUUCUUCUAAGGCUAACAAGUCAUUAUUUUAAAUCUUUAUUCUCACUGAGCAGUAGUGUAGAUGCAGACUAUGAAGAAAAUCACAUCGCAUGUCUGCUAGCCCUGCAAAUUCUCUCAGAAAUUGCUUUAAAAACUCUGAUAAUCCAUUUUUGGGGGUGUUUUCUUCUUUACUAUAAAAAUAAGAGAGGUGGUGGUAAGCAAAGGGUUUAUGCUUUGUGUUUAUUUAUUGGGGGUUGUACUAAAUUUAAUUAGCAGUCAUUCUUCAUGCUACAGUUGGAGCACAAUUCCUUUUCAUCUUUUCCUGCCCUUAAAAGAGGUCAAGCAUACUAUCAUCAUCUUCUGUGUGAAAGUCCUUCCUAUCAUCAGUAUCCAGGUGGCAGGAUGUAGUAAAGGAUUGGUCCCUGGAUGAACAGUCAAGUUUUAGAAAGAACAUGUGCUGGGUCCUUCUCUGGGGUUCGAAAACUUGUCCUCAACAACAGCAAAGCUUCCUGGGAGACAGUCCACACGAUACUGCAGGAGUUACCAGAUUUGGAAGAGCUCUUCCUGUGCCUUAAUGACUAUGAAACAGUGUCUUGUCCUUCUAUUCGCUGUCAUUCUCUCAAGCUACUACAUAUAACAGACAAUAACCUCCAAGACUGGACUGAAAUACGCAAGUUAGGAGUUAUGUUCCCUUCACUGGACACCCUCGUCCUGGCCAACAAUCAUUUGAAUUCUAUUGAGGAGCCCAAUGAUUCAUUGGCCAGAUUGUUUCCUAAUCUGCGAUCCAUCAGCCUCCACAAGUCAGGUUUGCAGUCCUGGGAAGACAUUGACAAACUAAACUCAUUCCCUAAACUUGAAGAAGUGAGGUUGCUAGGAAUUCCUCUUCUGCAGCCAUAUACCACCGAGGAGCGAAGAAAGUUGGUAAUAGCCAGAUUACCAUCAGUUUCCAAACUUAAUGGCAGUGUUGUCACUGAUGGCGAGCGAGAGGAUUCUGAGAGAUUUUUUAUCCGUUACUAUGUGGAUGUUCCACAGGAAGAAGUGCCAUUCAGGAUGAAUUAUUCAUCAUUACUUAAAAUUUGGGUCUCUUUCAUCUUCGCACUUGUACGGCACCAAGUUCAGCCCAGGGAGCUCAUGUAUCCAUUUUGGCAGAAUGACACCAAAACCCCUAAAGUAGACGAUGGAAGCUCAUCUGAGAUUAAGUUGGCCAUGCCCAUUUUCUUCUUUGGCGUUCCUUACCGCACUGUCUAUGUCAAUAACAACGGCGUUGUUUCCUUCAACGUGCUGGUGAGCCAGUUCACGCCCGAGUCCUUUCCCCUGACGGAUGGGAGGGCCUUCAUUGCCCCAUUUUGGGCAGAUGUGCACAAUGGAAUUCGAGGCGAGAUCUAUUACAGAGAGACCAUGGACCCUGUCAUCUUGAAAAGAGCCACCAAGGACAUCAGGAAGUACUUCAAAGACAUGGCAACCUUCUCUGCCACUUGGGUUUUCAUUGUGACAUGGGAGGAAGUCACGUUUUAUGGAGGGAGCAGCACCACCCCUGUGAACACCUUCCAGGCCGUCCUGGUGUCUGAUGGCUCCUAUACAUUCACGCUCUUCAAUUAUUAUGAAAUCAACUGGACCACUGGGACCGCGAGUGGUGGCGACCCCCUGACAGGUCUUGGGGGAGUGAUGGCACAGGCAGGAUUUAAUGGUGGAAACCUCACCAAUUUCUUCAGCCUUCCGGGGUCAAGAACCCCUGAUAUUGUGAAUAUCCAAGAGACCACAAACGUCAACGUUCCAGGCCGCUGGGCAUUUAAAAUUGACGGGAAGGAAAUUGACCCAGCCAAUGGCUGCACCUCCAGAGGGCAGUUCCUUCGGCGAGGAGAGGUGUUCUGGGAUGACCUGAACUGCACCAUCAAGUGCCGCUGUCUGGAUUUCAACAAUGAGAUCUACUGCCAGGAGGCCCUCUGCAGCCCCUAUGAGGUGUGCGAGCCCAAAGGCAAAUUCUUCUACUGUAGCCCGGUGGAGACCAGCACGUGCGUGGUGUUUGGAGAGCCGCACUACCACACGUUUGAUGGCUUCCUCUUCCACUUCCAAGGCUCCUGUGCCUACCUGUUGGCCCGACAGUGUUUGCAGACUUCCAGCCUCCCCUUCUUCAGCGUGGAGGCCAAGAACGAGCACCGGGGGGGCUCAGCUGUCUCCUGGGUAAAGGAGCUCUUGGUGGAGGUGAAUGGCUACAAGAUCCUCAUCCCCAAAGGAAGCUACGGAAAAGUCAAGGUUAAUGACCUAGUGGCUUCUUUGCCCAUCACCUUAGACUUGGGGGCAGUGAAAAUCUACCAGAGUGGCAUGUCUACUGCCGUGGAGACGGAUUUUGGGCUCUUAGUGACAUUUGACGGCCAGCACUACGCCUCCAUCUCCAUCCCAGGCUCCUAUAUCAACUCCACGUGCGGGCUCUGUGGCAACUACAACAAAAACCCGCUGGAUGACUUCCUCCGCCCCGACGGCAGGCCGGCCAUGUCGGUCCUGGAUCUGGGAGAGAGCUGGCGGGUCUACCACGCUGACUGGAAAUGUGACUCAGGCUGCGUGGACAACUGCACCCAGUGUGACCCUGCCACCGAAGCCCUCUACUUUGGCUCCGACUACUGCGGCUUCCUCAACAAGACCGAUGGCCCCCUGGGGGAAUGUGGCACUGUCGUGGACCCCACGGCCUUUGUGCACAGCUGUGUGUAUGAUCUGUGCAGCGUGAGGGACAACGGGACACUCCUGUGUCAAGCCAUCCAGGCCUACGCCCUCGUGUGCCAGGCCCUGGGCAUUCCCAUCGGAGACUGGCGAAUCCAGACAGGGUGUGUGUCCACCGUGCAGUGCCCAAACUUCAGCCACUACUCCGUGUGCACCAGCAGCUGCCCAGACACAUGCUCGGAUCUGACGGCCUCCCAGAACUGCGCCGUGCCGUGCACAGAGGGCUGCGAGUGCAACGAAGGCUUUGUCCUCAGCACCAGCCAGUGCGUCCCGCUGCACAAGUGCGGCUGUGACUUUGACGGCCACUACUACGCCAUGGGCGAGUUCUUCUGGGCCACGGCCAACUGCACGGUGCAGUGCCUGUGCGAGGAGGGCGGCGACGUGUACUGCUUCAACAAGACCUGCCGCGGUGGGGAGGUGUGCGCUGUGGAGGACGGCUACCAGGGCUGCUUCCCCAAGCGGGAGACGGUGUGUCUGCUCAGCCAGAACCAGGUGCUGCACACUUUCGAUGGCGCCGCCUACGCCUUCCCGGCUGAGUUCUCCUACACGCUCCUCAAGACCUGCCCGGAGGGGCCGGAGUACUUGGAAAUCGACAUCAACAAGAAGAAGCCCGACGCAGGGCCUGCUUGGCUGCGGGGUGUCCGGAUCUUGGUGGCCGAUCAGGAGGUCAAGAUAGGAGGCCUCGGGGCUGCGGAGGUCAAGUUGAAUGGUCAGGAAGUGGAAUUACCUUUUUUCCAUCCUUCGGGGAGGCUGGAAAUUUAUCGAAACAAAAACAGCACGACGGUUGAAUCCAAGGGUAUUGUGACGGUGCAGUACUCAGACGUCGGUCUGCUGUACAUCCGGCUCUCCACCGCCUACUUCAACUGCACAGGGGGCUUGUGCGGCUUCUUCAAUGCAAAUGCCAGUGAUGAGUUCUGUCUCCCCAACGGCAAGUGCACAGACAACCUGGCCGUCUUCCUGGAAAGCUGGACCACUUUCGAGGAGAUCUGCAACGGGGAGUGCGGGGACCUGCUGAAGGCCUGCAACAACGACUCGGAGCUGCUCAAGUUUUACCGCAGCCGCUCCAGGUGCGGCCUCAUCAACGACCCCUCCAACAGCUCCUUCCUGGAGUGCCACAGCGUGGUCAAUGUCACCGCCUACUACCGCACCUGCCUCUUCCGCCUGUGCCAGAGCGGGGGCAAUGAGUCCGAGCUCUGUGAUUCAGUGGCGCGAUACGCGAGCGCCUGCAAGAAUGCCGACGUGGAGGUGGGGCCCUGGAGGACCCAUGACUUCUGCCCUCUGGAGUGCCCAGAGAACAGCCAUUUCGAGGAGUGCAUGACGUGUACGGAGACAUGUGAGACCCUGGCCCUGGGCCCCAUCUGUGUGGACAGCUGCUCCGAGGGGUGUCAGUGUGAUGAGGGCUAUGCCCUGCAAGGCAGCCAGUGUGUCGCCCGGAGCGAGUGUGGCUGCAACUUUGAGGGGCACCAACUUGCCACCAAUGAGACCUUCUGGGUGGACCUGGACUGCCAGAUCUUCUGUUACUGCAACGGCACAGACAACAGCGUCCACUGUGAGACCAUCCCCUGCAAGAGUGAUGAGUACUGCCUGGAGGAAGGCGGCCUGUACUACUGCCAGGCCCGCACUGAUGCCUCCUGCAUCGUCUCGGGCUACGGCCACUACCUGACCUUUGACGGCUACCCCUUUGACUUCCAGACCAGCUGCCCGCUCAUCCUGUGCACCACAGGAAGCAGGCCGAGCUCAGACACGUUCCCCAAGUUCAUCGUCACGGCCAAGAACGAGGACCGGGACCCGUCGCUGGCCUUGUGGGUCAAGCAGGUGGACGUGACUGUGUUUGGCUACAGCAUCGUGAUUCACAGGGCCUACAAGCACACUGUGCUGGUCAACAGUGAACGGCUCUAUCUGCCCCUGAAGUUGGGACAAGGGAAGAUAAACAUCUUUUCUUUUGGCUUCCACGUGGUGGUGGAGACGGACUUUGGCCUGAAGGUUGUGUAUGACUGGAAGACCUUCCUGUCCGUUACGGUCCCUCGGAGCCUGCAGAACAGCACGUCCGGCCUCUGUGGCCGCUAUAACGGCAACCCCGACGACGACCUGGAGCUGCCCAUGGGUGUGCUUGCCUCCAGCGUCAAUGAGUUUGGACAGAGCUGGGUGAAGAGGGACACCUUCUGCCAGGUUGGCUGCGGUGACCGCUGCCCUUCCUGCGCCAAGGUGGAAGGCUUCUCCAAGGUCCACCAGCUGUGCAGCCUGAUCCCCAGCCAGAACUCGGGCUUCACCAAGUGUCACAGCAAGGUCAACCCCACCUUCUUCUACAAGAACUGCCUGUUCGACUCCUGCGUCGACGGGGGCGCCGUGCAGACCGCCUGCAGCUGGCUGCAGAACUACGCCAGCACCUGCCAGACCCAGGGCAUCGCGGUGACCGGCUGGAGGAAUUACACAUCCUGCUCCGUCACCUGCCCCCCCAAUAGCCACUAUGAGAGCUGCGUGAGCGUGUGCCAGCCGCGCUGCGCCGCCAUCCGCCUGAAGAGCGACUGCAACCACUACUGCGUGGAGGGCUGCCAGUGCGACGCGGGCUACGUCCUCAACGGCAAGAGCUGCAUCCUGCCCCACAGCUGCGGCUGCUACUCCGACGGCAAGUACUACGAGCCCAAGCAGCUGUUCUGGAACAGCGACUGCACGCGGCGCUGCCGCUGUUUCCGGCGCAACCUGAUCCAGUGCGACCCGCGCCAGUGCAAGUCAGACGAGGAGUGCGCGCUGCGCAACGGGGUGCGCGGCUGCUUCAGCACCAAGACCUCCUACUGCCUGGCGGCCGGCGGCGGCGUCUUCCGCACCUUCGAUGGCGCCUUCCUCCGCUUCCCUGCCAGCUGCGCCUUCGUGCUCUCCACCAUCUGCCAGAAGCUCCCCGACAUCUCCUUCCAGCUCAUCAUCAACUUCGACAAGUGGUCGUCCCCCAACCUCACCAUCAUUUCGCCCGUCUAUUUCUACAUUAACGAAGAGCAGAUCCUCAUCAACGACCGGAACACGGUCAAGGUAAAUGGCACGCAAGUGAAUGUCCCUUUUAUAACCGGGUUGGCAACCAAAAUCUACAGCCGCGAGGGGUUCCUGGUGAUUGACACCAGCCCUGACAUCCAGAUAUUCUACAAUGGUUACAACGUCAUAAAAAUCAGCAUCAGUGAGAGGCUGCAGAACAAAGUGUGUGGCCUUUGUGGCAACUUCAAUGGGGACUUAACCGAUGACUACGUGACCUUGCGGGGGAAGCCGGUGGUGAGCAGCGUGGUGCUGGCUCAGAGCUGGAAAACCAAUGGCAUGCAGAAGAGCUGCAAUGAGCUGCAGUUCUCCCAGUACGCGGCCAUGUGUGACAACGUACAUAUCCAGAUGAUGCAGGGGGACGGCUACUGCCUGAAGCUCACGGACAUGAAGGGCUUCUUCCAGCCCUGCUACGGGCUCCUCGACCCCCUCCCCUUCUACGAGUCCUGCUACCUGGACGGCUGCUACAACCAAAAGAAGUUCCAGCUGUGCGGCUCCCUGGCUGCCUACGGAGAGUCCUGCCGCUCCUUCGGGAUUCUCAGCACCGAGUGGAUCGAGAAGGAGAAUUGCUCAGGAGUGGUUGAAGACCCCUGUGUGGGGGCAGACUGUCCCAACCGAACCUGUGAGCUGGAAAACGGAGGGGAGCUGUGCGGCUGCAUCGAGCCGCCUCCCUAUGGAAACAACUCCCAUGACAUCAUCGACGCCGAGGUAACCUGCAAGGCGGCCCAGAUGGAGGUGUCCAUAUCCAAGUGCAAACUCUUCCAGCUCGGCUUCGAGAGGGAGGGCGUUCGGGUCAAUGACAGGCAGUGCACUGGCAUCGAGGGGGAAGACUUUAUCUCCUUCCAGAUCAACAACACCAAAGGGAAUUGCGGAAACAUCGUGCAGUCCAAUGGCACUCAUAUCAUGUAUAAAAACACAAUUUGGAUCGAAAGUGCCAACAAUACUGGCAACAUCAUCACGAGGGACAGGACGAUCAAUGUGGAAUUUUCGUGUGCUUAUGAACUGGAUAUCAAGAUCUCCUUGGAUUCUGUCGUGAAGCCAAUGCUAAGCGUCAUUAACCUGACAGUUCCCACCCAAGAAGGCAGCUUCACCACCAAGAUGGCACUGUACAAAAACGCCUCCUACAAGCACCCCUACCGCCAGGGUGAGGUAGUGCUGACCACCCGGGACGUGCUAUACGUCGGGGUCUUUGUGGUCGGAGCCGACUCAACACAUCUGAUCCUGACGCUGAACAAGUGCUAUGCCACCCCCUCCCGAGACAGCAAUGACAAGCUCCGAUACUUCAUCAUCGAAGGAGGGUGUCAGAACAUUAAAGACAACACCAUCGGCAUCGAGGAGAACGGUGUCUCCCUCACCUGUCGCUUUCACGUCACGGUCUUCAAGUUCAUUGGGGAUUAUGACGAAGUCCACCUUCACUGCGCAGUGUCCCUCUGUGAUUCAGAAAAGUACUCCUGUAAAAUAAAUUGCCCUCAAAAUUCCAGGAUUGCCACAGAUUAUACCAAGGAACCUAAAGAGCAGAUCAUUUCAGUGGGACCUAUUAGGAGAAAAAGGCUGGACUGGUGUGAGGACAAUGGAGGGUGUGAGCAGAUUUGCACAAGCCGGGUGGAUGGGCCUCUGUGUAGCUGUGUGACAGGAACCCUGCAGGCGGAUGGCAAGAGCUGCAGAGCCUCUAAUUCUUCCAUUGAACUUCAAAUUUGGACGCUGCUUCUCCUCAUGACCCAGAUUUCAUUAUGGCGUUUUGUCUAUAAAUCAGGCAUGACCUCAUAAUUAACUCCAGGUUGCUAAAUAUGAAGUGCUGUCAUUUACUCACUUCACCUCCCCGUAGGAUAAAAGGUGUGUGCCCUUAAGUCAAAACCUGUUUGAAAUUGUCCACUAUCUCAAAGUGAUGCCACCUGCCCCCAAUGGUCAGCGCUCCAGAAAAGAGGGAGACGCUAUGCUCCUCUUUCAAAGUAAGCCACGGGGCUUCUAAAGGCAGAUUUCCUGCCUCCUCUUUCCAAACAGUUGUCACUAUAAACUGGUUCACAAGAAAAACGGAGGAAAUGGAAGGAAGAGAUUCUGGUUAGACAAGUCUCUCCUGAAAUCUGACCAGAGACAUCUGUCCAACAAAUGCUGUUUCUGGAUCAGUUUAUACAGAGAUAGGGCCUGUUGGGACGAUAUUGAACAUUGAGAAGCAGUGAUUGGAGGUUUUGCCUCCCUCUGAGGAAGUUCUCCGAUGUUUGGAAGCGUCUGACCUCUGAGACGUCUGUGCUACCCCCCACCCCCCAUUCAUACAGAACCCCUUCCCUGCCCUCGUGUCCUCCAGCCUCGCCAUGGCCGCGUGGCCACUGCGUAUACUGUUUUGGGACCUGGGGAACCCCCCCUCACCCGUCCCCUCAGACCCCAACUCUUCUCUUUUACAAAUCAACCAAAUAAUUUUUCAUGUGUUUUAUGCUUAAAUAAACUGUGUUCAAUUAUUUCA